CGCUAGGUGGCUAACUCUUACCAUGGCGUCCUCAAUUUAUUUCGUUUUUUUGCGUUUUUGCUUCUCCCUCUAGCAAGAAUUGUGGGAUAAUCGUCAGCAUCAAAUGAAACAGUUUUGACAUUUGAUGAUUGUGCCCGCAUUUGAAGUACUAAAUAUUGUCACGAGUAACUUGGUCAGCUGCAUCUAGCUGAUUGGAGCUACUGCAAAUAUGGGCAAAAUCAAGACCAGAAUGAAACCGUCAUUUCUUACUUCAGAUGAAUCUUCAGGAAUCUCAAAAUUGGUUUCCUGUACUGUUGUAUUCAUAGUCAUUGUCGGAAUUAUUUGUUCUGCAGACUGCUUGACUGUGGAAAACCUCAAAUUUUCCAGCGACUGUCCAUUAACUGUGACAUGUGAAGCAAAAUUUGCACAGCACCAUGAAACAAGUGGAAUCAGAGCAACCUGGCUACUCAACGGCAAGGAAGUGAAUGAAGAAAAAUUUAAAUCCACUGAAGACUUUAAUGGAUCUGCCAUAUACUACCUAAUGCUUCCCUGUGACAUUUCCAAUUUUGGGAAUUUGACAUGCCAGGUGUCUAUUGAUAGAGACCAGAAUGGUGUACAAGAAUCUGAGAAAAGUGUCCAAAUACUCUUUCCAGUUGUUCCAAAGAUCAACCUGACAAAAGAUGCAACAGUGAAUAUUAGCUCGUUUGCUUCGUUAUAUUGCUCGGCUAAUGGAUACCCAGCACCCAACAUAUCGUGGACUUUAAAUGGAGUUGAAAUUAAAUCGACUUCGCAGAAACUUAAUGUAACCCACCUGCAAGAGGGAACGUCGGUUUCGUCCAAGAUAGAAUUUGAAAAUGUCGGACGUUCUGAUAAUGGCACUUACGUAUGCCAUGCUACUAAUAAAGCCGGAAUGGAGAGCAAACCCGUAAUCCUUUUCGUCCAAACUAAACCUGAAGUGGCGGUAGAUUUUGCAUUAGGAGUCGGAAAUGGUAGUAUCUACCUUAAUUGGACUCUAAACAAUGGUAAUCUUCCGAUUCGCAGUUAUCAAAUUAAGUAUUUGAAGGAUGGUGAAGAGAGCUGGCAGUAUAGCCGUAUUGCACCAAAUGUAUCGGCAACAAGUUUGGUGAUCAAUGAUCUCGAGCCCGAUGUAGCAUAUCAUAUCCAAAUCGAAGCAGAAAACAUGAUGGGUAGAAGUCACCCUGAUAAAUAUAAAGAGGCUGUUAGGACCAUAUCCGCAGAAGCCGAGUACACCCCCGUAGUUGACAUUAAAGGUUCAACAUCAAAUUCGUUCACACUCGGUUGGACCGCACCACCAGAGGAAAUUCGCCAUCUCAUCGGAUAUUAUGUGUCAUCCUACAAAGAUACCGAAGGAGGCAAAGAUACAAUCAUCCGAAUACCGGCAGCAGAUGGUUCACCUGUCCACCUUUUUACCAAUCUGAAGCCAGCUACCAUGUACUUAUUCAAGGUCAAGGCAUGUCAUAGGUACACUGGUCAUUGUGGAAACUUCUCUGAGCCCGUCAAGGACAAGACCAUCGAUGGCAAGCCUUCCCCUCCCCGUAACGUAAAGAUGCUGUGUGACCGGAAUGGAAAUCGAUAUUUCGUUACCGUCACUUGGGAAGCUCCAGCUCAUCCAAAUGGACAACUCAUCCAUUUCUCGGUAAGUUUAAGCGGAGUUGCACACUACUUGAACGAGCUAAAUCAACAUCAACGGGACGACUUUGGUCCCAUGACCCAGAACGUGGAUGGCACGAAAUUUACAGCGCUCUUUGAUGACAUUCCUCCAAAUACAAACUACAGUGUCCAAGUAAAAGCCGAAACAAGAAUACAACAUGGACAGGCAUCACACGCCACGUGCCAAAUGCCACCUUCCAUUCCGGAUAAAGAGAACUUAGGUGGGCUUGCGUUGACGCGUUACCAAAGGGCUGAGAGGUGGGGCCUACGGACUAGCCUUCCCAAGAUAUCACAGAGAAAAGGCCCCAUUUGCUGCUACUCCGUUGUGGUAGUUAAAAUGUUAGAGGGCAAGCUACUUACUUCGCUGCCAGAGCCGCAUCUUCUGCCGCUGUCGACGUACGAAGAAGUUCAUAGGCAGGGAGCCGGAGCAUAUAUAGCCGAAUUGUUUGAUUACGAUCGGCUUCCUUCUGACUAUGUUUCUUUGGGUGAUGGCAGUCGCAUCGAUAAAAGAAAUCCACCUUGCAAAUCAUGCUCUGUCAUUCAGUGGCCGAAGGUUUCUGAAGCAGAGGUUCAAUUAGAAGAGCUAGAUGACGAAGACAAAUUGGACCGUGUUGAAAGGAGCUCCUCCCGAGAUUCGCCUUCUAAUAUGAUUAACCUUGAGGUGCUGUCUGACGAUGGAGCCUUGGUUCCAGAGAGCAACUAUACAUUGUUUGUUCGGCUAUUUUCUCCGAGUAUCCGUGGGCAGGUUGAAAGCGUCUACAGUCAGUAUGCAGCACCCAUGACUCCGAAACCGAUCCCCUCUUACCAAGCAGCCGAUCGCUCUGUUGUGCUUAUGGUUGCUCUGGGGAUUUUGUGCGGGCUGGCAUUUGUCCUGCUGUUGAUUGUCAGCAGUCUCUUCUUCUUACGUCGUUACUCCAAACAUGUUGCUCAAAGUGAAGGAGUUGAAAUGUCGCUGAGUAGUUCGUGUCGUCAUCUAUGGAGUCGUUUUCGUGACGGUCGCCAUUUACUAGUAUCACCUCCUAGUACAUCCGCAGCCCCAAUACCUAAACAGGAAAUACUUCAAGCAUACAUGGAUCGGCAUCAGAAUGCUGAUUAUGGCUUUCAGCACGAAUAUGAACUCUUACCCGAGCGAUUCGCUGAUCGUACAACACGAGCUUCGGAUGCAAGGGAGAACAUGCCCAAGAAUCGGUAUCCUGAUAUUAAAGCGUAUGACCAGACACGAGUUAAGUUGAACACCAUUAACGGAGGUACGCAUUCUGAAUAUAUUAACGCAAACUUCGUCAUGGGUUACAAAGAGCGAAAGAAGUUCGUUUGCGCACAAGGACCGAUGGAAGGAACUGUGUUUGACUUCUGGCGCAUGGCAUGGGAACAACGUGUAGAAAUUAUCGUCAUGCUUACCAACGUAGAAGAGUACAACAAGACCAAGUGCUUUCAGUAUUGGCCAGAUCCUGACCCCUCAAGAAAUGCAUCUACUCCCGAACCACUCUAUGUUGAUCCGGUGGCCGAGACGCAAUCGAAUGGUGGAACCACGCACUCGCCAUCCAACGGCAGCACCGUCGACAUCCAACAACAAACGGUGAUCGGUACACUUAAAAGUCCUCGAGGAGACAAGACUUUUGGCGAUAUCCGUGUGAUUCAUGUAAAAGAAAAGCGCUAUUCGGAAUACGUUGUGAGAGAGUUACAGGUUUCGCGACCAAAAGUCGGCACCCCUACCGACCCGGAAUUGGGCAUUAUGGAACGUGAAGUUCGUCCUGUAUUUCAAUACCACUAUCUAGUCUGGAAAGAUUUCCAGGCACCAGAACAUGCCAUGGGAAUUUUACGUUUUCUACGCCGUUUGAACGAAGAUUACAGUACGGACAGAGGGCCAAUUCUAAUUCAUUGUAGUGCUGGUGUAGGGCGAACGGGUACUUUGGUGGCCAUUGAUCAUUUGAUUCAGCAGAUCGAGGAAGAAGGCUCUAUUUCCGUAUUGAACACGGUGUGCGAUCUCCGUCAUCAGCGUAAUUUCUUGGUCCAAUCGCUUCGGCAAUACAUUUUUGUAUACCGAACGCUCAUGGAAUGGGUGCAGUUUGGGAAUACGGAGAUUGCCGUAGCAAGUUUUCAGAACGCGCUGAUUAACUUGCGAAUGAAAACGGAAGGCCGGACUAAAUCCCUGCUCGAAGAGGAGUUUGAUAGGCUUGAACAGCCAUUUGACGAUCGCAAACCGAUGAGUGUAGCAUCAUCUGAAGAAAACCGUGCCAAGAACCGUUAUGAAUCUGCCAUCCCGUUCGAUCGAAAUCGUGUCAUUCUGACCCCAGUAGCUGGGCGAGAUUAUUCAACUUAUAUAAACGCGUCGUUUAUCGAAGGAUACGACAAUUCCGAGUCUUUCAUCCUAACUCAGGAUCCCAUGGACUCGACCCAGCGUGAUUUCUGGCGAAUGGUGCUGGAGCACAAUAUUGUAGUCAUAGUCAUGCUGUCAGAAAUGGGCGAUGCAUCAGACAGCUCUUGCUGUCCACAAUAUUGGCCUGAUGAUGAUCAAGAAGUCACUCACGAUCAUAUCGUUGUUAAACAUGUCUCCACUGUCACUUUGCCGGGCUACAUUCAGCGUGACUUUAUCGUCCGAAGCAGCAAAACGCGGGAAGAGAUCCGGACAACGCAAAUUCAGUAUCUCGGAUGGGGACGCUGCACAAAUGGUCUUGAAGAUGACACUGUUCCGGCACCACAACAGACCAGCCACUUUGUAACAGUCGCUACGGAAACCAUUGCCGCUCGUGCUCGGCAACUCCAGCCCGGAUCGGCCUGCAUCCAUUGCAGCACUGGCAACAUUCGUAGCUCAAUCAUGGCCGCCUUAUGCAUUCUGAUCGAACAAGCUAAAACAGAAGAGUACGUCGAUGUUUUCAGCACAGUCAGAAAACUGCGCUCGCAGAGGACUCGUAUGGUGGAGUACCCAAUGCAGUAUGCCUUCCUGUACGACGCCUUGGCCAAUUAUUUAUGAACCAUCUGGCCAUCUGUGUUGUCGACUCCAUCCUUGACAGAGGUAUUUGCAAUUUUUUAGUUACCAGGUAGUAAGUAAAAGUUACAAAAUAUUGAUGAACUAAAAAGACAAGUCUGCUGCAGGCACAUCGGGUUGGCCAAACUACCGUGAAGUGCAUUAGUUUUGAGAGUGUAGUAAUUCAUUUCCAUGUAUUUCAUUAACCACUGCCUCUCCAUUCAAAUGUGCCAGUGUACACAUCCCCCGCCCCCUUGUACAUUGCCAACUUUGACGCAUCAGUGCUCUCCAGUCUCAUUUUUCUUUUCAAAUUGCUUCCUCCGUUUGUCUUGUCCUUUUCCAAACAUUGCCGCUAUUAUUGGACUUCUGACCUUGCACCACUUGGUAAUCUCGUUUUUCCUUUAAUUUUAUUUCACUUUUUUUGUUGUUUAGUUUUGUGUGUGUUUGUGUGUAUUGCAAGAGACGGUUGAAUACGAAAGGAAAUGAAACGUAUACCAGAAUCAUUUCUGGUGCAAUUGUUAGCGCCAAAGUCGAAAGUUAACUCGACCGCGUCAUUUCUAUUUCAAGUGGACGUCACGUAGCUUUUCUUUCAUAAUGAUAGUGUAUGGUUUUAAUUGCAAUGUUUUCGGCUUAGAAAUGAUGACCAACGUUAAUAAUUGAUUAAAAAACCUUUUUUUAUUAUGUGUAUGCGCUUGUCACAUUUAUCGUGUGUGUUGCUCAACGACAUCGUUGUAUGCUUUUGCCUCAUUGUGUUACCAUUCUUACGACAUCUCUUCUCUAUCUCGUAAUCUGUUUACCCUAAUCUAUCUAUUAACACCGGUAAAUUGAUUUAGACUAGCCUGUAAUUUUCUGUGGAUUCUUUAGCUAUUAUCUAAUGGCGUGUUUCGUACAGUACUCCCAUAAAAACAUUUCGUCAUCAUCUGCUCUCCCCUUACCUCCUACAGACAUCUUUAUUCUGAAACAUGUUGUAACACGAUGAUUUUGCCCUAUACCCAGUCACUUUAUUUCAGGAAGGGCCGGCAAAAGUCAAGAUGAGCUGGAUUGUGUUCCGCGCGGAACAAACUCGAAUGAGAUCGUACAAUAAAUUGUCAUUUAACAAAA